GGAAUUGGGUACACAGCAAACGAGCAAUGGAAACGGAAGAUGAAGUACUUAGUUAAAUAACAGCUGUUGGGGCUUUGCCUUAAAUGAUUCCAAAUGGUCUUUACAUACUUGUCAGUUUGAUGUAAAUGGCAUGUUGUCCUGCUGUACCGUAGCCGCCCAUUCAACCAUAUGGCGAGUGUGCAACCAAAUGAAACUCAAGAUGGCCAUGUUUCCCAGUAUAAAGAGCAGGCUGGCAGCGUUCAAAGUAUGUACUGUAAGGAGCUUGUAUUUGGAGGUGACAUGGAGUACUCAUUUGAAGAGCUGCAUUCUCAGUGCUACUUUAAACACCUGGACGAAAAGGUCUUAGAUUUUGGCAAAGUCAAGGAAGAGUUGAAGGUUGAAAUUGAGCAGAAGCAGAAACUUAUUCAAGGGAAAAACAAUGCAGCCCAGGAUCAGCAGCUUGAAGAGGAGCCACGGCAUUCCCUCCAGACAGCUGAAGGCACUUGUGAGCCUAAGACCUGUCCACUGAAAAUGAAUAGUGAGCCAGAAAUGCCCAGCAGCUCUGCCAUCAGAAAUACUUCAGUAAGCCAAGAUGAAGAUAUGGUACAAGGUGGAAGUGCACUUAAACAGAGGAGUUCAAAGGCACCUAAAUUGUUUACUGUAUAUGAUGAGAAUACUUUGUCUGAGAAGCCAAAUACAAGAUCAUCCUCAAGGAGCCAUAAAACUUUGAAACUUCCCACCUCCAUUUUGAAGGCCAGACAGCCUGCAUCAGAAUGUGUUGGUGAUAAAGAUAGCUCCAUUUCACGCUCGGAGGAGGCUAUCAUCAAUGGCCACUGGAAUAAGACUCUUUGCAGAAGUCCAGAUGACACCUGUGAUUUUUUUCGUGCUGCCCAAAUGGCUUCCACUCCAUUUGGAGGACCAGUGAGGCAGAACCCUUCAGAGACGUGUCAGAUGGAGGACCGUGAGGCCCUCAACAAAACUGCCCCUGUAAUUUUCAAAGAGCCAAUCUCUGAUACCGUAGCAGAGACAAAAAAGUUAAGCCCAAUCCAAGAGAUCAGUCAAGAGUGGGGCUGUACCUCCUACUCGUCCCUGGAGCCUGAAUCACGAGGAAGAACCUCAAAUCUCUUUGGAAAUGCAGAGGUUAACCUGUCUACCAGAGGAAGAAUAGAGUCGACUGUAGCCCCCGAAACCAAGACAAUUAAUCCCCUUAGCCUGGAGGUCAGAAGAGCACUGCUUGAUAAUGUAGACCUGAGUUCUUUUGCUAACUUCAACAAGAAGGCAGGGAAUCUUCCAGAGGCUCAGGAUGACCUGAGUCUUGAUGGUGAAACAUUGUUCUUCCUCAGAAAGAUUGCUGAUCCAGACAUGUACUUGUAUUGGUCAAACAAUGGGAAUGUGUUUAUUAAGGUGGACAGAUCUUCAGUACCUUGGGAUUUCUACAUUAGCUCUCAACUGAAAGCCAGGCUGCCAGCCAAUCUGAAGCACUGCCAUGCUCAGAGUACCUGCUACCUCUAUGAGAAUGGCUCUUUCACACUCUGGAGGGUUCCUCAAGGGCAAACCAUUCAAGAUUUGGUAGAAAACCAUGUGAUUAGACAGAAUGUUCCACGUUUGGCCAUCAAGUUACUGGAGAUGGUGAAACAGAUGCACUCGUGUCAUCUUGUUCAUGGUGCUUUGCGGCCUGACACUCUGCUGGUGUGCCACAGCUGUGAAGACAAUGUUGUUGGGAUAGAGUUCUCCAGAUCAUUGGAUCUCAAGCUGCAGACUGAUGUGAAGAUGGUCCAGGCUUAUUCUUCUGCUCAGGACUACAUUAGACAGGGCUUAUUGUUGCCUUCUGCCUCUCCAUACCAGGUUGACCUCUAUGGCAUUGCAGAAAUAGUACACUUGUUACUGGCUGGAAGAAGCAUGGAACUCAUUAAAGAGGGCUCAUACUGGAGUUUGGUAGAGAAGACUGAAACUCAUGUCAGUGACCCACUUGGCCCAUUGUGGGAAGAAUUUUUCCACACAAUUUUGAAUCCAGAGGACAAGUCAACAGAAACUGUUUUGUCGAACCUGAUCAGCAAUUUAAUGAAUGCUCUUGAUGAAGGUCUUUAUGAAGGUCUUUUUCCUCUGUAGUUAUGUUGUCAGUCUGAUUUUUCCUUAUUCUUCUCACUGUCUUUUACAAUGAAUACCAACCUCCUAUACCUGUGGUAUGCUUUCUCUUUUAUUCUACAUUAUAUCAUACAAAUGUAAUAUCCUUUGCACUAUUUUAUAUUUGUCUUACAACAAUAUUUCUUGGAUACAGACUGCAAAAGUGUUGGAUUUGUAAGUUGUCAAAUAUGCUGAAAAACAGCAGAUAUUCACAACUAAUACCUGUCUAGCACUGCAAAUAUGUAAUAUUGUUAGUUUUUGUGUUGCUUUUGCUAUUCUUUAUUAAAUUGGGAUAUCAGGCAUAAUUUGGGUGUUGAUUGCUCUAUAAUUAAAUGACUUCUGUAGCAUGAGUGUAUUCUAGCAACUU